AUGAAGAUCCGUGUGGUUCAGAUUUGGGGUUUCCUCAUGACUGUUUUUGGCUGGAUUUUCAUCGCUUGCACCAUGGCCAUGGAGGGCUGGAAGAUCACCUCCAUCGGGGGCAUGGGUGGCUCCUCCAUCAUCAAAGUGGCCUGGUACUGGUCCAGCUUGUGGAGGAGCUGUUUUACCGACUCAACUGCUGUCAGCAACUGUUACGACUUCCCCGUACUUUGGUCUGUGGAGGGUAAGAAACAAAUUUUCCACCUCAUCUUUAAACUCCAGCAUCUUAUGCUUUGAAAUUAAAGUCUAUUUGUAUGAUUUUAGGCUCCAUCCAGAUAGUUCGAGGCCUGCUGAUGGGCGGUCUCUCCCUUGGCAUGCUGGGUUUUGUCCUCAGUCUGUUGGGGAUGGAGUGCACCUUCAUUGGGGGGAAAGAUCAGUCAAAGUACAAGAAGAUUUACGCAGGUGGAUGGUGCCACAUAAUCGCUGGUAUGGUCUGGUUGAUAGUUGGAGGAUACUUCAUGAAUGCAUGUACAAAUAUGUGAAAAUCAGGUCUUGUGUGGCCACUGAAUGUUGUUUUUUCUGUCCCUUGACAUCAUUUCAGGUUUGCUCGCAGCAUCUGGAUAUGCUGUUUAUGCGCAGUACGUCUCAGUGGAAUACUUCAACCCUGACUUUGACGGAUUAAAGUAAGUUGAGCAGCUCAAAAGAACCCAUUUCUGCAAACAUGCCACCUUUACACUCAGUUUCCUUUAUUAACACCACCAGGUACGAUCUCGGUACCCCGCUCUUUCUCGGCUGGGUGGGCUCAUCGUUUCAUUCGGCUGGCGGUUGCUUCUAUUUGUGGUCCGUAUGUACGCCGCUCUGUGGAGGAGAAGUCACGUGAGUACAUACAUAACUUGUAGCAGGAGAAGUGGAUACAUAACUCCAGUCUCCACUUCCCCUAUAAAUACCAAAGUCCCACGUGCUCUAGCAAAGUGUGCAGGGUUUGUUAAUGCUGAGGAGGUUAAAGGUUAAAGAGUGCAGACAGUGGGCGGAUAGAUGGAUUGCUUUACUAGAAUGUGAUUAGACUCAUUUGUGUUUGUAAAGAUUGGCGGCGCAUCUCAAGUGAAGCCAAAAUACCCUCAAAAUAGGAGUUUACUUCUGAUGCAGUUGAUGUUACGUAUAAAGAGCCAGAGUCUCCUAGUAGAAACUGAAAUGAUGUGUCUCUUUCGCAGAGUAAUCGCCAUCCCACCACAACCAGAUCCUGAGCAAAACAAGUCCACCACAGCUCUGUCCACCGUGUCCGGGAUCACCUCAAAGACCAAGCUGUCCUCUGUCUCCGAGCUGUCGUCCCGGUCUGAGCGCUCAGACAUCUCCGACAUUUCCUCUAGAUCGGGGCGCACAUCCAAAUCUGGACGCACGGCCAAAUCAGGACGGUCAACGAAGACGGGGCGCACCGCCAGAUCGGCAGGGUCAAGGUCUGGGUCGGGGUCAGAAUCUGGACGUUCUUCGCGGUCUAGCGUGUCAACUUUGUCGGGGUCGGGGAGCAGCGGCGGCAGCAGCAGGACGGUGUCGUCGUUGUCGUCGAGGAGUUCGAGGAGUGAGAGGACACCAUUCAUCAAGAACUCUUAUAUUUGAAUAAUCC